UUUAAUUUAACAUAUCACAGUUCAUGAUACAUAAACAAAUGUUAAAAGCAAGAAAGAAUGAAUAGAAGAGCUUCCAACUUUGCGUUGUUCUCACGGAAAGCAUCUCCAACUCUUAUAUGUGGAAAUGAUGAACGAAUCUGCUUGUGCUUGAUUCAUAUCACCUUCUGCAGCUUCUGCUUGUGCUUGAAUCAGCUUGCAAAACAUUAUAAAGUUUUGCAGUAAAAAUUGCAAUCACGGAUUCAAGUCCACUCAUGUCUUUCGAUGAUGUUAAGGCUGCUGCUAAUGAGUUCGCUAGGGGAUUUGACCACAAUUACUACCACCCUUUGCACAUAGCAAUACUAAAAGGAGAUUGGAAAGCUACAAAGGCUUUUCUUGACAACGACCCCAGUGCAUUGACUGCAAAGAUCACCAUACUUGGUAGGACUGCAUUGCAUGUUGCAGCUGUAGGAGGGCAGUGGCAAAUUGUUGAGAAGUUGGUGCAACAUGUGCCUGCACAAGUACUUGCAGAGUUGGACUUGAUGGGUUGUACUUGCUUGCACUAUGUUGCAAUGGGUGAAAGCGUAAGUGCUGCCAAGGCACUGGUGGGUAAAAAUCCUUCUCUGACACAACAAACUGACUUUAAAGGAUUCACACCACUUAUCUAUAGUAUUACCUCUGCUAGAUGCAAAGAGAUGGUCUGGUACUUUGUUUUGAAUACUACAGAUGAGAGACCUGGUUGUCCAUUCUCUGGCCCUUCUGCUAGUCAACUUGUUGCUUUGCUUACUGCUGCAGGAUUUCAUGAUAUCACUAUUUAUCUUCUCCAGCUUUACCCAAACUUGGCUACUCUCACAGAUUCAAAUGGAAGCCUUAUACUUAAUGUUUUGUCAAAAAUGCCCUCAGACUUCCCAAGUGGAAAUAAGCUUGGGUAUUGGAAAAGAUGCAUUUACCACUGUGUUCCAGAUGGACUUGAUUAUUCGCCACCAAGUCAUCUGAGAGGAGAUUUGAAAGAUUCUUAUGGGGAUUCAAGCCAUCACCAAUCUUGUUUUGGAAUAAUAUGGAAUGGAAUUCAGAAUAUUGUUCCUGGCAUAAAGCUAGUCAGAGAGGCAAAGUUGAGACACACAUCUGCUGUGAGAUUGGUGGAAUUUGUUUGCACACAGGUUUCAACCACAAAUGAUUCUCAAUUCUGGCAGUCUUUUGUGAGUGCAGACAUUGUUUUCAAUGCCACAACAUCCGGCAUAGUAGAAAUUCUACGGGUUUGUUUUCAGUUUUUUCCUGAUUUGGUUUGGACUCACAUACCAAAUGAAGGAUUUGUAGCUCAAAUAGCCAUCAAGAAUCGGCAAGAGAAGGUUUUUAGUCUUCUAUGCAAGAUGCCUAUAAUUUGCAAAUUUCUAAUGUUGGCAAUAGACGAAUCACAGAACACCACAUCACAUGUAGCAGCAAGGUUUGCUUCUUCUCAACUGGCAUCAAUUUCUGGUGCAGCCUUUCAAAUGCAAAAAGAGUUACAGUGGUUUAAGGAAGUAGAGAAAUGGGAUCACCCUCUUCAUAAAGAACUUAAAAACGAAGAUGGUAAAACACCUUGGCAAUUGUUCAGGGAAGAGCAUGAGCCCUUGCUUGAAGAAGCAAAGAACUGGAUGAAGGAUACAUCAAACUCUUGUAUGUUGGUGGCAACUCUUAUUGCUACAGUUGUCUUUGCUGCUUCUAUAACUGUACCUGGAGGAAACAACCAGGAGAAAGGAUUUCCAAUAUACUUGUCAGAUAACACAUUCAUGGUCUUUGUUGUGUCAGAUACAUUAGCUUUGUUUUCCUCCAUGGUUUCUCUUCUGAUGUUUCUAUCAAUCCUAACGGCACAUUAUGCUGAAGAGGAUUUUCUCAGGAGAUUACCCGAGAGAAUAAUAUUGGGUUUGGCUUCAUUGUUCUUUGCUAUAGUAACUGCAAUGAUAGCAUUUGGUGCAGCUCUGGAUUUGUUGUUAAGGGAUAGACUAAAAUGGGUGUCAAUUCCAAUUUCCCUACUGGCAUGUGUCCCAGUUGCUCUAUUUGCAAUGCUUCAACUUCCCUUGUUCAUACAAAUGAUCAUGUCAACAUAUGGUUCUCGCAAAUAUCAUCGUCAAAGUCUUUGGUAAGGCUUUUUUGUUUGUUCUAUCAUGUGGAAAACAAAAGACAAAGCACGGAAAACAAAAACCAUAAGUAAUGUCAACAGGGGAUGUUUUCUUUUUCUAAGGCACUUUCAUCAGCUUUGGAAUUUGUUUGUCUUCAGUAUUAUAGUCGAGAGUUGAUUUAUGCGACGGUGAACUACAACGAAAUAGAAUAUGCCUAAACUGCAGAUAGAGCGCUUUGUCUCUUGAUACUUGUUUUUCAACGAGUAAUCUAUGAACAAGGUCAUGAACAUGGUUUGCAAAUUGUACUAUAAUUACUAAUGUAACAAAUGAUCCAUACACACAAUCUCCUACAAAAGGCAAGUUCAAACUCUACAAAAUGCCUUUGUUUCAAGGAUUAGAAGCCUAUUCUUGAUAAUAUUGAAUUGAAAAUGUCAUA